AUGGAGUCCCCCAGCAACCCACACAAGCGACAGAAGCUCGGUUUCGAGAGAGAGAUCACCCUGAAAGAAGACGAUCCCGAUGCUCUACUCUUGAUGCUCAACUUUGCAUACGAUCAAAAGAUACCAAGUCUGGAUGACGUUGACAACGUUAUUCGUACUGCCCGUAGCAUCCGAGAUUGCUUAGGCUUGUACCGCGUCGGUGACAAGUACGACUUUCCUCAGUUCCGGGAUCGGGUCAUCUCAGUGUUCAAAUGUAGCAUUGGUUGGUGGUCGAUGCAAGUGCGAUCAGACGACCCAGACCCUAUAGAUGCCGUUGUACAUCGAGAGUUCUGUGGAUUCGUCAGAGACGUCUAUGAUAUUGUUGGUUCGGAACAUCAUCCUAGUCAUCCAUUGGUAGAUGUGUUGCUAGGAUUUGCAGGCGACCAGCGAUCCACAUAUAUGGUCAACCGCAUCGGUCGCCAGCCACUCAUAGCGUCGGCCUGUCGGGAAGUGGCAGAAUUUGGACGGGACAUCUUUCUCCAUUUGAUGGCAAAGACUGGAGUCUUACAUCAGGAUGGCGGUAUCGUGACGGAGGCACUGUGUAUCGCGGCUAGCAGAAGAUGUCCAGAAUGUGAGGAGAUUGUGUUGAUGGCCGAGCUGAAGGAAAAUGAUUGGAAGGGUCACUGUCCUCGUUGUGGUGGUUACCAACUAGACUGGCGGCCAGAAAUGCUGUCUUACGAGGAAGACAAAUUCAGUUAG